AUGAGCAACGCGCCCAGUUCCGCGGAAUUGAAUGUACCAGAUCAACAGGGCACCACUCUUUCUCAAUCUAUGAAACACCUAAGCCUCUCCUCGCCCCCAUCCUCACCAGAGCUCUCCCUUGCCCCGCAGAAACCGAUGUCAAAACGACUCGCCGUGACUGCGGGCCGGCGCCUACCCAACGCCUCUCAUCUCGUCUCCCCCCCUAAGGGCGGCUUUCUCUCCGCCAAUACCAAUCUGACCGUUCGACGACACAGCUCCUCCAUCGGAGGGACAAUAGAAUCCCAGGGACGUCCGCGGCGAUCACUCCCCAAUCCUGGCGUCCCUGGCAGCAGUGGCGGGGGUGGUAGCGGCAAUGGUAGUGGUGGUAGUGGCAGUGGUGUAAACUGGAAGCACCAAAAGCGCUGUAUUGGGGGUGACGAAGACUUGUCAGAGGGUUACAAGAGCAGGGAGGACAGUCCGGUGCAGUAUCUGUCGCGGGUGGGAGUACAUGAAGGCAACUCAAGCAGCGCGACCAACGUGAGCACGCUUUCGUGGGGUCAGCAGAGCGGCCGGCUUUCAACCGGUCAGCGGCAGCAGCUACGGCCGCACACUGCCACCUCGGCCACUUCUCCUGUUCACCUACAAGGGCACAACAGCCACAGCUCUCUGACGCCUACAUUGGUGUUCAGCCUAUCCUCAGAGGACAGUGCCUGUGGUGGUGCCGAUGGUGAUGCCAGUGGCAACGAGGCAAUGUGA